UAAUUCGGCAGGCACUUGAUCAUUUAAUUGAUCCUGGCUAUGACAAGAUCGUAGGCAUUGGUAGUAAUUAACUAUAUUCUUGUACAGUUUCGGGUACUCGUAGUUAUGUUUGCCAAGUCGCAAAUCUAUGAAUUUGAUAUAAUCGAAUGACAAUGAACCGAGUAAAAUAGACUUCGAGCUUUCUCCUUAGAUUUGUAAGGCUUUCUAAAAGGGUGUUGGGCCUUUUUUAGAGGUCCUUGAAGUUUUUUGGGCUGACUGUCUUAACUUGGCCUAUUUAACAUAUUUCUACUUCACCCAAUUCAAUAAAUAUAUCAUUAAAUAACCCCAACUCCCCUCUCAACUAAUUGAACUAUUUAUGGAGGCCUACCUAUGAAAUUCAGUACCAGAGGAUUAAUUUCCUCACAACACAACAACCAUUAAUACCUCCCCUCCAUCUUGUGCUGACAAACAGAAACUCAUACGCACACACUCUCUCUUCCUUUUCUCGUGAGUUUGGUUGUUGGGAGUUGCAUCCUCCACCGGCCUGCCGCACUUUAGGGCGAGACAAUGCCGCUGCAUCCAGUGGCGGAGGCCGACGACAAGAGCCCCUUUGGCUCGCUUACGGCAGAUGAGUUCUACGCCCGUCACUCGGUGAGUCACUCUUCCGAGUUCAUCACUAACCCCCGCGGUCUCAGGCUUUUCACUCAGUGGUGGACCCCGCUGCCCCCGGCCAAGCCGAUCGGCGUGGUCGCCGUCGUUCACGGUUUCACAGGAGAGUCCAGCUGGAUGGUCCAGCUCACUGCCAUCCUCUUCGCGAAGUCGGGGUUCGCUGUCUGCGCCAUCGACCACCAGGGCCACGGCUUCUCAGACGGUCUCUACGCACACAUACCGGACAUCAACCCUGUUGUCGACGACUGCAUCUCCUUCUUCGACUCAUUCCGUUCGCGCCACGCGCCUGGCCUGCCGGCCUUCCUCUACGCCGAGUCCCUUGGCGGAGCCAUUUCCCUAUACAUAACGCUCCGUCAGCCAGGCGCGUGGGACGGGCUCGUCCUCAACGGCGCCAUGUGCGGGAUCAGCGCCAAAUUCAAGCCGCCGUGGCCGCUGGAGUACCUCCUCUCCGCGGUCGCUGCUCUUCUUCCAACGUGGCGCGUGAUUCCCACACGCGGCUCCAUCCCGGAUGUUUCCUUCAAAGAGCCGUGGAAGAGGAAACUGGCGAUAGCGAGCCCGAGGCGGCGCAUAGGGAGACCACGGGCCGCUACUGCUCAGGAGCUGAUGCGAAUUUGCCGGGAGCUGCAGGAGAAAUUCGAGGAAGUGGAGGUCCCCCUGCUGAUCGUGCACGGUGGAGACGACGUCGUUUGCGACCCCACCUGCGUUGAGGAGCUCCAUCAACGAGCCACGAGCAAGGACAAGACGAUCAGGAUUUAUCCAGGGAUGUGGCACCAGUUGGUCGGAGAGCCGGAGGAGAACGUGGACCUCAUUUUCGGGGAGAUGAUAGAGUGGCUAAAGACUCGAGCCGAGCGCGCCGGCAAAGAAAAGAACCUCGCACGCGCGGCGGAAGACGGUGGCGCGUAAGAUGUUACGACGAAGCGACGGUUGUAAGUGCAAAAAGGUAUGUUGCGUAAUAGCCAAUGAAAAGCCGCCAUGUCAUAUAAAAUUAAUAAUUUAGUAGAGAAAUAAAAUUAGAUUAUUUUAAUAGUUUGACUCUUAAUGAAAAGUUUUCUUGGGUCCACAUCCGUCUAGCUUGAGUCUCCCCCACAAAAAAAAAAAAAAAAAAAAA